AAGCCAGCACUCGGUGCCUGUUCUCCCGAGGGAGUGGAUGUGCAGUGUUCUAUUGAGAGAAAAUUCUAGAAUUAGUGUUCAAAAAUGCGGUGUUAUAGCAUGGGGCCGGGCGGUUGAGCCGCCUUGCCUCUGUGCUUGUUUUUUAUGGGCUCUCGUCUGGCCAGCCAGCACCACAGAACCGCUUCGCUAGUGGACGUCAGCGCACGCGCGCCAACGCUCUCGCGUGAUUAUUCCAAGUGUUUUGCAGCCAGUGAUCAGCUGUUAACUGUUGUGCAAACUGAAACUGUCCAGUGAUUGUUUUUUGCCGACGCCUGAAUCGGAAUCGGAAAGAUUAUCUGCUCAUCGCCUCCGCGUUGUCAUGUGGUCAAUAAAACUUUGAUUCUUUAUGUCAACGAGGUCCUCAGCGUUUAGAAGCCGACGGCGCAAGAACGUGAAAAGUGCAUUUUUCAAAAGUGUAAUAUCGAGGACUUGUCCGUCCUUGAUGUACUCGACAACCAACAAGCCGCGCUCCCUCACUCUCUGCAUCACUAAGAGACCCUGCCGGUACUCUGCUAGAGACCCAAGAUUAAGACAUUGGUCGAGAGAACUAAAUUCAUCGACGUAAGUCGGUGGAAAGGGUUGAGAACCCAGUUUCUGAAGUCAACCCUACGAUCCCUAAUCAAGGGAUCGAAUAUAGAACUAAGUUCGCUUAGCUCUUAGCUCCGUCUCGUUUUUGAAAAAAACUGAUGGACACCCAACGAGCCUAUACAAAUGGAAUACCAGGCAAAGAAAAGACGAUCAAAUAUGAGUCGAAAGUACCUUCUGAAGAGGAGAAGGCUACGUCACCCCUCCUGGCGAGUGGUGAUCGUCUCAACGUCGAUGGGAACAAAUUAAACUCCGAUCCCGCAGUAUUUCAUAAAAGUGAUGAGCAUUACUACACGAAAGGGUUAGAAACAUCUAAGAAUGAUCUCAAUACAAUAAAUUCUAUGAAAACGGAUGGAGGGAAAUAUAAUGCGGCUAAAGAUACCCUAGCCGUAGAAUAUCAUAAGGACGGAAAGAACAGCGAUGAUGAUGCUGUAUCGACUAACGAAGGAGUCAAAUUCUUGGGUCUCGGCGACGAUGACAGUAUUUGCUCCAGCAACCCGCCGUCGGAGGAGCAGACUCCGCAGAUACCGGACGGAGGGUGGGGCUGGGUGGUGGUGGUCGCAUCGUUCUUGAUCGCAACAGUUGCGGACGGUCUAGCGUUCUCCUACGGCCUGGUCAACCAAAAACUGGUCGAGUACUUCGAAACAAAAGAAGCAGCAACCUCACUGAUUGGAAGUCUUUUCAUAUCUGUCCCACUGAUUGCUGGACCUAUCAUGAGUGCUCUCGUUGAUCGAUAUGGCUGUAGAAAAAUGACCAUUCUUGGUGGCGUAUCGUCAACCAUCGGGUUUGUGGCUGCAUCCUACAGCAACUCUAUUGAAGUACUCUACAUAACGUAUGGAUUAAUGGCUGGCUUAGGAAUGGGAUUACUCUACGUUACAGCCGUGGUCUGCAUUGCUUACUGGUUCGACAAACGCCGUAACUUGGCUGUAGGGUUGGGAUCCUGUGGUGUCGGCUUUGGUACAUUCUUCUACUCGCCUCUGACGACCUAUCUGCUGGACGAGUACAACUGGAGAGGAACUUUGCUCCUUUUAUCCGGCACUGUACUUAAUGUAUGUGUCUGUGGAGCAGUAAUGAGGGAUCCUGAAUGGUUAAAAAUAGAGCAGAAAAAACAACGACAGCUGAAUAAAUCAAAGAGAGCUUCAAGUUCCGUUUCCAUAUCAGCCAAAUCUGCAAGAUCUUGUGGGACGGAGUCCGUGUUUCCUGGUGUUGAGGAACUGAAAACUUUGAUGAAAAGUGGAGAAACACCGGAAUAUAUUUUGACAACUCUUGUGGCAUCAAUAGCGGAAGCAGAAACUUUAGAUGCAACAACUAAAAUCAAUUCAGAACUAUCGCAGCACAAAGUCAACUCGGUAAUCAAUUUGCCAACAUUUUUAAGGCAAAGCGAGAAGGUUCCAGCUGAAGUAUUAGAACAUCUGAAAGCCAACACAAGAUUAUACAACAUCAUCCUGGAGAAUUAUCCGUCAUUGCUUGCGUUAAGAAGCACAUCAGAACAAAAACUGCCAGUAGAGCCUGCAGCUGAAGUGUCGAAGCAGAAGCCAAUUACUAUGUCUAUGAAAAUAAAGAUGAAGAAGAAAGCGAAGAAAGAUUUCGAGGAUAAGCUUGACAUUGUCAGGGAAAAGUUCCUUCAACCGAUUCCAGAGAACAAGCCAGCAAAUACAGCACAGACCGCAAGAGGGGUCAGACAAGAUUGGUUGUCCCGUCAGUUCGGUACUAAUCACCAUUACUUCAGGGACCUCAGGGUGCACAGGAACUCUAUUAUGCAUCGAGGAGCCAUGAUGAACAUUGCCAAGUACAAGUUGAGGGCGUCUUCUUGCCCUGAUAUCUACAGGAAUUCGAUGUGGUCUGUCGAAGAAGAUCAAGAAAGGACCUGGGGCCGCAAGCUCGCUGACAUGGCCAACGCGACUUUUGACUUCAAUAUGUUCACCGAAUUCCACUUCCUCAUGAUGAACCUGUCCACCCUGGUCCUCUUCGUGUGGUUCAUCGUGCCCUACUUCUACAUAUCCACCUUCAUGACUAUGAACAACUACACCGAGACGCAAGGCGCUAUUAUGCUGAGUAUUUUCGGAGUCGCGACUAUUAUUGGCAUUGUGUCACUCGGUUGGGCAGGAGACCAGCCCUGGGUCCACAUCAUGAAAACCUACGCCAUAUGUCUGAUCAUAUGUGGAGUAUCCAUCAUAAUGUUCGCAGUGAUCAUGGAAACCACUGAUGCUGACAACGAGAUGAGUUUCUACCUCCUCGCUGCUAAUGCCCUGAUCUUCGGACUUACGUUUUCAAGCUCAUACUCCUAUACUCCUAGUAUCCUGGUGGAAUUGGUUGGACUGGAUAAAUUCGCCAUGGCCUAUGGUUUGGUGCUGCUGAGUCAAGGACUUGGGCAUCUGAUUGGGCCUCCUAUGGCAGGAGCACUAAAAGACAACACCGGCACCUGGGACCUGGCGUUCUACCUGGCCGGCAUCUGGGUGAUCGUGUCCGGCUUCCUCAUCCUCAUCAUACCGUACACCAAGAACUUCCGCAUCGUGGGCAGCGCGCCGCUCUGCAAGGACGUGGCGUCUGAACCGGACCCGGGCAUUAGGAUCAUUGUCGCUCAUUAACCUGUCACAUCCAGGGAAAUCAGGACAGUUAAAAAUUUAUAAAACUUACCUAAUUGUGUCUGGUUUAUCAAUGGGUCAUCGGGACGUGAGUGGUUAAUGAUGGACGAGAGUUGUUAAUCACUCGCGAGCAAUAAAAAAGUUUUCACAAAAUGGCGACACAAAAAUCACCCCAAUACAUUACAUUUUAACAACUGAAAUUUUCUAAUUAAGUACUUGGUAGUGGUAAUAUUCUGGUGCGCUGAUAAAUGUAUACUUACUUCCAUAUAAAGAAUAUUGCUGAGUCCGGAGUUACUAAAGUUUCUAAAUGGCUAAGAAAUAAUUUGCUUACGUUGAACGUUAAAAAAACAAAGUUUGUACCUUUUUCGAUCCGCAAAAAUACCCUACCAGAUGCUGAGUUUAGUAUUAAAGUACAUUCUUGUGCGAACCCUAACGUAAAUAAUUGCCCCUGUAGUAAAAUCGUAAGGGAAACUAAUAUUAAAUACUUGGGAGUCACACUAGAUCAGCAUCUUACAUGGAAACCACAUAUCAACAACACAUCUGAUAGGGUAAGAAAGCUGAUCUGGGUGUUUAGUAAGUUAAGACAUGUCGCAAAUGCUAAACUUCUAAUAACUACUUAUAAAGCACUCGCCCAAUCAGUUUUAUGUUACUGUAUAACUGUGUGGGGUGGAGCAGCUAAGACCCAUUUUAUAACCAUCGAGAGAGCCCAGAGAGCCCUUAUAAAAGUUAUGCAAUUUAAGCCGAUACGGUUCCCAACUUAUGAAUUGCAUAACACAUAUAAAUUACUGACUGCGCGGCAAAUGUAUAUUUUAAAUAUUAUAUUAAAAAAACAUAAAAGCUUACCAUUUGACAAACAACAUAUGCUCAAAAGAAGAAAUGACAUUGUCUGUAGGUCUUCCAUAUUUAACACUAAAUUUGCCAAAAAACAGUUUAUGAUCCAGUGUUCAUCAAUCUAUAAUAAAGUAAAUAAAAUAAUUCAAAUUUAUCCUUUGACUAUUAACGAAAUUAAAAGAAAGUUACCUAAUCUAUUGUUAAAAUUUAGCUAUAAGGAAACAGAGAAUCUUGUUAAUUAAAAUGUUAGCCCAUUGUCACAUACACACCACACACACAUACACACACACACACACACACACACACACACGCACACACGCACACACGCACACACACACACUUUACACUACUAACCAACUCGGAUAGUUAUAAUAAUAUAUAUACCUACAAUUCUAAAACUGAAAUUAAUAGCGUACAGUGUUUGUUUUAAUAUACUGCUACUUUUAAAAUAAUUAUUGUCGUGGUGAAAGAGCGGGGUACCUAGUAAUACAGGUUACCACCUAGUACAAGGGCCCUUGCCAUUUUUGUUAAUGAUUUGUUUGUAACAAUAAAUACAUUUUUGAUUUUU